UAGCUUUUCUUAUAUAUGCUAUAGCAAGCACUUGCCUGGACAGCAUUUCAAACAACUUCGAUACGCGCUUCAUAGGAACGUUUGUACCUACGACAAAAAUCAUGUCAACUGACAAGAGUGCACACUGAUUUGUUGUUUUAUUUUUUUUUUAUAAGGGAUGAAUCACAAUUUCGAUCGCAGUCUUUGGUUCACCUGCAAGGAGUAAAAAAAUGCUUGGAGAUGAUGACAAAAUUUUGCUUUUAGACUGAAUCGUGAAUUGUUUCUCUAUUAUCAAAGAUGGAUUAUCUUAACCUUUCGGCCCUCUUAAACAUGGAUGGAAAGUUAUCGAUACACGAGAAGAUAUUGAAGAACAUCAGCCUGUUGAUGAUAAACUCAUCGCAUUUGCAGGUGGACAUUUUGGACGUAAGUCCAGAGGAAUCUAUUGCACUGACUGCUCUAUACAUUCCAAUUUUCUUCAUUGGAUUUCUGGGAAACAUUACGAUAGUUCUGAUCAUUGGGAUAUCGCCACCAUUAAGGAACUCGACAAACUGGUACCUGUUUAACCUGGCUAUCUCAGAUCUUUGUGUGACUUUGAUCUGCGUUCCAAUGGCUGUCGGACAGGCGCUUUACAGAGUAUGGGUCUAUGGGGAUGUUAUGUGCAAGCUAACUUCAUAUCUACAAGGAGCAACAGUUGCUGCUAGCAUAUUCACCAUUGCUAUCUUAAGCCUGGAUCGAUUUUUCGCCAUUAAAAAACCCAUAUUGUUUCGCAGAUUCGGAGGAGCUAAGUACGCUUUGUACGCUAUUGUGGUUGUAUGGAUUGUCUCUCUUGUGCUCAUGACGCCAUUGCUUAUCGUCAAACGCGUAGAAAAAUAUCACAUUCUUAAUACAGACCUCCAGAUCUGUGUGGAAAUAUGGCCGGACCAGUACUACAGGCAGAUAUACGACCUUGUUUUGUUUUGCUUGGUGUACAUAGUACCGGGCGGCGUGAUCGGAAGUGCCUACGGAAUGAUCGGUAUGGAGCUCUGGAAAGAGGACAUCAAUUUACAGAGGAGAGAGUCCGUCACCAGUCAGUGUAUCGGGAAACAAAUGAUGGUCGGAAGGAAAAAAGUGGCGAAAAUGCUCAUCGUUUUAGCCGUUGUUUUUGCAAUCUGUUGGCUACCGUAUUAUAUUGUUAGUCUGUAUCUGGACUUUCACUACGACAGUCCUUCAGCGAUGCGAUUCAUGACUGUGCUUCCUUUCGUGAUUCUUCUCGGGCACGCUAAUUCGGCCCUCAAUCCUCUGUUGUAUUUCUAUUCCAGCAAAACUUUUCGAACAUAUCUUAUAAAGAUAUUCCACUGCUGGCGAUGCUAUAAAAACAAUCCGACAUUUCCGAAUGCUGCCCGAUUCAGAUACACAAGCUCAAAAAGAUUUUCCCAUAACGGAUCUCAGAACGGGCAUGCGCGGCUCGCCUCGUCGUACAAUAGUAUUCAUCGAAAGUCUUCAACCAGCAGCAUAAGACUCUCGCAGUCCUCCCAAGCGAGUUUAAAAAUGCUGAGCAAAACUAAAAAGUACGAUAGCACUGACUCCAAAGGAAAAUUGCUCCUUGACAAUGCUACUUUGAUACAGAUGGAGAUAUUCAAAGCAUCGGUCGAACAUUCCAACUCAACAGCGAAUAAUGACGUCAAACGACUUGGGUCAGGAAGGUGUUUGAACAUUCCUACGACAAUUAAGGAGGAGAGUAGCACAAGAAGUUCGCACCAAUGCUCCCCCGUAGAUUCCAGAUAUUUCGACUCGUUUUCUCCGGAAGAAAUACCUGUGCUGUCACAAAUGCCACGAGAUAUAUUUAUACGUUAAAUGUUAAUGAUGUUUGUUAUAGAAAAUACAUAAUGAUAUUAACAUGCGUUUUGACAUACUUUCAAUAGUAUUUAUAAUGUUUAUUUAAUAGUUUAAUUCAAUAUUACAUAAUGUAUAUAUUUAUAUGUAUAACCCGUUUACUUUCUGUGAUGACAAUUAGGAAAUCUUCGUUUAGCAUCAUUGUAUUCUUAUAUUAAGAAGUUUAAAAUAAAUAUUGAAAUUUCCUGGUCCUUUUAUUGAGUGCAUUAUUUAAAAGAUUAUAUCAUGUAUUUGUAGUUCACUCAUUUGCUGAAACAAACCACAUGAAUGAUCAAUUUGAAAAUAAACACAAACUGUUCUACAAGAAUCUACCAAAUUGUGAUCUAUAUUUUCCAACUGAUGUUUUUUAUAUAUAAAAAUACAAACAGAUAGAUUAAUCUAGAACUUUGAUAAAUUUGUUACCUGUAAACGAUAUACGAUAUUGUCAUGCUUAUUUUUGUUUGGGGUUAUUAGAUUGAAUUACAAUUUCGUCAGUCUCUCUUUCUCUCUCGGAAACUCAAACGUAAAAUAAGAAUAAUUAAAAAGCAUUGAAGACAUUAGUACAUAUGUUCUAAAAAAAAUCAAACAAAUCAGCGUAAAUCUGAUGUUAACAUUCAUUGGUAUAAGGUGACAAACACAAAAAAGCCUUUAAAAUCUUUUGAUCAUUUUGAUUGCUUUCAUUCAGUAUGGUUAGCGUAUACAUGUAGAUAACAAAGAUCGUGAUAUAAUGCCUUUCAUAAUAAUAUUAAGCAAUGACAAUGAAGUUGUUUGCCCACAAUAGUUCAUUUUUAAUGGGCAAAGAUAACACAAGAAACAUUAGUUGCACUACGAAAACAAACUACUAAACAAAUAACAUAAGGGACAUCAUUGCAUUAUGAGCUUAACAACCCAAUAUCUGCUUGUCGAAUCUUUAAGCAUUACAUAAAAUUCUCUCUAUUAAAACCAUUAACACAUUUCAUACAUCUGCUUUUGGUUUUCCUCACAUUGAUCACGAUUUGAGAGGGGCAAGCGCCAUAUUUCUUUUAUUCUUUUUUGGCAUUGACUUCAGACUUUUUUCGUUGAAUUGGGCAUAAAAGGUACGACUUUCGUCAGACUGAAUUUAUGACGGUUGUUUGUUGUACGAUUCUGCAAUUCAGUCAAUCUGAUAUUUUUUUCCUGAAAUAUUUUCUUUGAUCUGAAACUAUUAGAUAAACUUGUUAAUUUUUAUUCAUUACCAUUACUAUCGUCUCUCGUCGUUUUAAACAUUUUUCAAUGUUAAACAAAUUUUUCACAAGUAUUUUUAAGAUAUAUAUGUGCACUUAUAUAAACGCCAUAUUCACAAAAGAGUCUUAGUAAUCAUAUAUAAUUACUAACACUUUAUAAUAAAUCUCACUCUGAACUCAUGUCUUUCUACUUAUCCAUCAUUCAACCAAACCGGCCACUCCACUCCCCAUAAAUUACACUGCACCACAUCAAAUUAAGAUAGGAGAAACACAAUACAGCUGAAUGUCUAAUAAAUAUAUUAAUUAAACAAACUUGACAGUUUUUUAAACAGAAACUGAAUGCGAGAAAGAUCUUUUAGCAAGAAUAUACCAUGUAAAGUGGAUGGC